ACAACAUCAAGAAUGGCGGCUCGAAUAUAUAAUUGGUCCCCAGAUCCGGCGAUGCGAUCUUUCUCUGAGGUCGAAUUAUCUGGAAAGCCGGCCCUCCGCCCUAGAUACAAGUUCCUUACGUUCCUCAGCGCUGUUCAGGCUCUGAAAAUCGACAUUUUACCCAUCACUUGGCAGGGAGCAUGUCAGAUAGCAGUUGGUGGAACCUCCAUAAUAAAUGAAUCCCUCGUGAACGUUCAAGCCAGCCUUGUGUUCAAAUGUUUCAAAGAGGUUGAAAAACUCCAGAAGUCUGAAGACAGCCUAUUCCAGACAAUCAUCAGCGAAAUUGGUGUCCUGGGCCAAAGACCGAUUCGAGGGCACCCUAACAUCGUCCAGUUACAAGGGAUAUGCUGGGACAUCUCGACCGAUGAUAAGGUCUGGCCUGCCCUAGUCUUUGAGAAAUCUCAAUAUGGUGAUUUGUCCUCAUUUUUAGCCACACCAAUUGGUAGAGAACUAGACAUCAGUGCACGACUGCAGCUUUGUAUGAACAUUGGGAAUGCCAUAUUAGAUAUGCAUUCAAAAAACAUUAUCCAUGGCGACAUAAAGCCCGAAAAUGUCCUAAUUUUCAAAGCUGACAACGGAUUGUACUAUGCAAGAGUAGCGGACUUUGGAUACUCCUCUUUGUAUGCAGAUGAAAACGAUACCAUGAGGCUACCAAUAUCGCGGCCAUGGAAUGCUCCGGGGCAUAUUCGUCUAAAUAGGGCGUGGAAGCCCUCUCAAGCAAAGAGGUUGGAUAUCUUCUCUUUUGGGAUGCUGUGCAUUUGGAUUUUGUUCGAAAGGUACUUCUCAGGAACUUCUUGCCUUCCUCAAGAGCAAUCGGCCUGGGCCACAGAGUAUUUCCUCGAUUCCGGUACUCCACGACAUGCAAGAGAAAUACUUACGGAUCUGAAAAAUGCGGACAAGCUUCUAUUGAUUGCCAAUCAAUUCAUAGCAGCAGAACUAAGCCUGAAUGACAAAAGAAAGAGCGCACUUGAAGAAUUCCUGCGUUCAAGUCUCAUUAUUGACGGUGAAGAUCAACAAGAUGCAAGCAUCCAACGACUGUUUGAUGAGCUAGCACUCCCUCAACUUACAAAAUGUGCUAAUGCUAUAGAUUUGGAUGAAAUAGAUCAUUCGUUUUGGCACCUAAAUUUCAUGGUCGAAGCAUCAAUCUCACACCUGUAUCUUUGCGACUUUAGAGUUCGUUCUCAUAUCAUUUCUUGUCUUGAAAGAGACCUCCAAACGGACUCGGCCUCACUCCCAAGUGAAUCUAUUGCCAACAUUGCUCUUCAAGUGGCAAUUUGUUAUGUAAUUGGAUUUGGCAUCCCUAGAGACGAGGAUAUGUCACUCAAGAUUCUCCGUCGAAGAGGAUUAGAUAACACCCAUCUCAACGAAGCCGUGACCAGGUGUAUCAGCGGGGAAUGCGGGAAGACCCAGGGUUCUUUAAUUAAAGUUCUGUUUGAACAAGGCCAUCUCGAGUUUAUCGAAUACGGUACCUACUAUAUCGACCAAAAGAACGUAGCACUAGCCGAGGAACGACUAGUGCAAGAAGCUAGAGAUCUUGGACAUGUCUUCGGCGAGGAGAAUGAUAUUGCACUUGUACUUCGAUGGUACAUUUUCCUCCUUUAUCGCGCCCAAGGCCGGUGGAAGGAGGCUGAAGAGCUGGGAACGCAGCUUCUGAAUACUCGAAACAAAACACUGGGUAUGGAACACCCGGUUACCGUUGUCAUCAAGAUGAACCUUGCAGCCAUAUACUCAAAUCAAGGGCGAUGGAAAGAGGCCGAAGAGCUGAUGGUGCUUGGGAUAGAGACGACUAAAAGAGCAGUCGGAGCAGAGCAUCCUACCACGCUAGCUAUUGAAAGCAACUUGGUAUUGACGUAUUCACAACAAGGAAGAUGGGAGAAAGCCAAGGAGUUGGAAAUAGAUAUAAUGGACAAAUGGAAAAGACUACGUGGGGAAGACCAUCCUUCCACUCUGACGAGCAUGGCCAACCUAGCGACAGUAUACAGGGCUCAGGGACAAUGGGGAGAUGCCGAAAAGUUAGAGCUGCAAGUUAAAGCGAUAAGUACAAGGGUACUAGGUCAAAACCAUCCAGAUACGCUGAUUAGCAUAGCGAACCUAGCGUCAACGUAUGCGAAUCAAGGAAAAUGGCUGGAGGCAGAAGAGUUGAAUACGCAAAUGCUAAAUACAAGCAAAAGUGUUCUGGGGGCAGAACAUCCACACACACUAACCAUCAUGGUUAACCUGGCAUCAGUAUACCGGAAUCAAGGGCAAUGGAAACAGGCUGAAGAUUUGUUCAAUGAAGGGUUAGAGGCGAGAAAGAGAGCUAUAGGAGAGAAGCACCCGGAUACGCUACUCACCAUGAACAAACUCGCAAUGACUUAUUGGAACCAAGGGCGGUGGAAAGAGGCCGAAAAUCUAUUCAUCGUCGUGUCGAAGGAGCAAAAACAAAAACUUGGAAACGAGCAUCCAGACACAAUGGACAGUAUCGCCGGUUUAGCGACAACAUAUCUGAGCCAAGGAAAACUUGAGGUCGCGGAAACGCUAGAGGUCGAGUUCUUAGAGAUAAGGAAGAAAGUACUCGGGGAAGAGCAUCCAUCCACAUUACGAAGUAUUGCCAACCUAGCGUCAAUAUACCAGAAAAUGGGAGACUGGGAAAAAGCAGAAUCUUACCAAAAGGACGAGCUACAGACUUGCUCGAGGGUGCAAGGCCCAGAGCAUCCAGAGACGAUAGCGAGUAUGGCAAAUCUAGCAUCGACGUACUCCUACCAAGGAAAGCUAAGAGAGGCAGAAGAGAUUGGAGCGAAGGCCUUCGAGAUAAGCAAGAGGGUACUGGGGGGCCAACAUCAAACUACAUUGAGCUGCAUGGCUAAUCUCGCGGCGACAUAUGUUGAGCAAAAACGGUGGGAGGAGGCCGAGGUAUUGCAGAUUGAGGAGUUGCGGUUAUGCGAACUGGUGGCUGGAUCUGACCAUCCAGGCACAUUGGCUAGCAUGGGUAACCUGGCCAUGACCUAUAAGAUGCAAGGGAGAUUGAAGGAGGCUGAAACGCUUGACAUAAAAGUUCUGGAAGGAAGGAAGCGCAUCCUUGGGAAAGAACACCCAGAAACCUUGGCCGGCCUGAUUAACCUGGUCGACACGUAUAAACAGCAAGGUCGGCUGGAAGAAGCAGAGAAACUCGUGAAACUAUGGCUAUAGUCCAGAGAAUAUUAGGAGAAUAAACAUGUUUCCACUCUUAUGAAAGUGAAGGAUCUUUGAACAUACGGAUAUGAAUGUAUAGAACUGGUGUUGAUAUCUACUGGUUCCAGUGUCUGCUGUGGG